GGGGCGGGGAGAGAAAAAGCCGAGGCAACAGUAGACACGGACGGACGCCCUCGCUCGUCUUCAUCUCGUGUCUAGCGGGUUUUUCUAAAUGGCAACGACAGCGGACGAGCAGCGGGAACCGGAGGACGUCGGUGGGCUGUCGACGCACCACGUCUGCCACCACAACAGCAACAACAACAACAAUAACAACAACAACAAAGACAGCGAGUCGGGUGAGAGCGCGACGUCGGCCACCACGACUCAACCCGGCGGGACGGUGUCGCAGAGCAUGUGUAACGGCUCGGUCAUCAACCCCAACGGGGGGAACAACGGGAAGUGGGUACGGCUGAACGUCGGUGGCACGGUGUUCCUCACAACGCGGCAGACCCUCCUAAAAGAGCAAACUUCGUUCCUGUACCGGCUGUGCCAACAGCAGGACCUGCACUCAGACACGGAUGACUCAGGAGCCUAUGUGAUUGACAGAGACCCUACCUACUUCGGUCCCAUCCUCAACUACUUGCGGCACGGCAAACUGGUCUACAACAAGGAGCUGGCUGAAGAAGGUGUCCUGGAGGAGGCAGAGUUUUACAACAUCACCCCGCUGAUCAAACUGGUCAAGGAGAGGAUCGUGGAGAGGGACUCCAAAGCCACGCAGCAGGUGCCUCCGAAGCAUGUCUACCGAGUGUUGCAGUGCCAGGAGGAGGAGCUCACCCAGAUGGUCUCCACGAUGUCAGAUGGCUGGAAGUUUGAGCAGGUCAGCGUGCGCGCCUGCAGAAAGCCCCGCACCGGACUGCUCUGGACUAUGGUGAACAUCGGCUCGUCAUACAGCUAUGGAACAGAGGACCAGGCUGAGUUUCUGUGUGUUGUGUCCAAGGAGCUUCACACUCCGGGAUCAGGACUGGCUACUGAACAGAGCCACAAAACCAAGCCGGCGGAGAUGCAGGAGGAGGAAGCCGCAAAGGAGGAGGAGGAGGAGGAGGCAGGGAGAGAUACCACACCAAAUGAGUGGCUUAGAGAAUGAGGGAGUCAUGUUUCUUUGUUCCAAAGAGAGGCGGGAAUGGCUCUUCCAGAUCCAUGGGUCCCGGAUGUAGAAAUCACAAGAAUAUGUUAUUUUUUCUAGGCUUUUUUUUUUUUCUAGGUUAUGAUAUGUUGUAUGUGUGCGUCAACAGACAGUCAUCAAAAACAGAUUUGUAGCAUUGUCAUCAAUUCAUUGACGACAUGCCACUUAGAAAGAUUACCAAAUGACCAAAAAGGAAAACACUAAAAUCUUAAAUCUUACAGUCGGGCACAACAAUAGCUAAUUUUAGUAGUAGAAAUGAUCAUGUGUCGGUGUGUGCAUGCGUUAUAUUGCCCUGGGCUGUAGUGGAGCUUAGUAAAUUCUAACCAAAGAGCCAGUUUAAAGCUGGCUAAACAAGGUGCUGAACCAAAAUCUGCAUCACUAUGAUCUGACGAAAGGAUCGGAUUACAUCUGUGUCGUUGCCUCUUCGGAUUAUUACAUUACCUAAUGUUAACACAAGCCAGUUGUUCCCAUAGUCUUCUCCUUUAUUUUGCACUUGAGGCAGAAGUUUUUAGAACAAAAAUAACACCACCACGGCGGGGAAACAAAACCAGCACAGUGAUGCCACCAGCUGUUGACUGCAGACAUUUCAGCCAGGACCAACUUUACUUGGUCACUCAGCUUCUAGGAAAUAAUAAUGGCCAUUUUAUUUAUUUGUUGCUGUCUGUGUGAAAAUGGGGGAGCAGAUUUUGGCAGCGUGCAUUGCAUACAAAGCAUACAAAAGCUUGUUUUCGUAUUUUAGAGAUGGCUUAUAUGCGAGUCAGUGCGCCUUCGGUUCUGAGAUGCCUCUGCUGUGUUGACCCAGAUCUACCAGCUUGCAGGUCUACUUAUUUACUCGCAGUGUGAUCCUGGUUUUAUCUCAUCGUCUUAGCGGUUAGCUUAGCCAUUUCUUGGUUCAAUUGGCUUUGAGUUGACAGAUGGAAACUGUAGCUGGAGACAGACGAGAACAUUUGUUGCUGGGGGAUAUGUAUCAUCAUUGCAUUAUUUACUGGUGCUCCUACAAAGGUUUCAUCUGGGUACAGACCGUCAGACAGUCAACAGCCAUAAUCUAACAGAGCUCAAAGUAAAAGCAGAGAGCUCACACACCCUGCACCGACAAAAUCACACUGCUCUACAUUUUCCCCUGCACCAACACCCUGUUGUGCACUGAUACACACCUGCAGCACCUCGUGCCGGUGCAUGCUCAGCUACAGCAGAAGGUCUCAGUCUGCCGCCCUGGCUGGGAUCCAGAGCCAGAGAGAUAUUGGCAUGAGGCUGGAACAGAGAAGUGGGGGGUAAACUGAGGAGGAGAGGGUGAGACAGAAGGAUAAGGUGUAUCUUUGUUUUGCAAUCGUGAUAGUCACACUAUGUCCUCUGUCAUCAUCUUUGUUAGAAAAAAAUAAAUAAGAAGGAACAGCAGAUCUGCCGCAGUGCAGGUGUAUGAUUGAAAAGGGUUUUAAGAAGCAGGAAGUUAGAUCAUACAUGACUUUUAACAACCUCUGUUGGCAACUUUUAGGAACUGCACCACAGAUCAAAUUUGUAUGAUGCGGUGUAUUGAAAUUAAUUAAUUAUAACCUAAUCAUUCAGCAAACACACCCACCACAAGGUUUUAGCUGGAGGUGUAGUCGUUAAAUGCUGGAACUUAAAAUUGCAGGGUGUUCAGUUUUUAUCAGCAGGUAAUAAAAUGUGUAAAUACGCAUAUAGCCUAGAAGACAUCUACAGUAACGCAGUGUCUGUCAUGUCGUAGCUUUUCAUUUACUGAAAAUACAUUGUUGAACAGAUGCUAAUGGCAGUUGGGCCGGACUCCGGGGUCCUUUUGAUUUUUCAUUUCCUGGGGGCAUAAAUACCUAAAGGCCAGAGUUCAUCUGCAAUGGUGGGGACCAAACAACAUUAAAACACUACAACACAAAAGGGAAAAGAAGAAGGGGUAACCUAUAGAAAUAAUAUGAUAGUAGAACAGACAUGUCCAUUCAAAUCAACAUAGCGGGAUGAUGAGCGGCAGCCAUUAUUUAUGUGUAGCGUUGCCAUCGCAAAGAGCUGCGACCGUUGAAGGGGGCUAACUCAUUCUAUUUUUUAUGGUCAAUGCACAGUGCUGAGCGCCAUUUUCUUUUGAACUGGUCAAAUGAUCAAAAGUUUAGCUCCUGUGUAACACUGACUGAAAGGCAACAGUAGGAAACACUAACACACUCGGGCUGUUUUAUAAUGCAAUAAGCAGUUAGAGUGAGUCAAUCAAGAAUUACGAUCGUGCUUGGUGACUUUUGAUAACCUUUUGAUAAUUAAAUCUGAAACAGUAGGCUGCAAAUACAGCAUUGGGUGUUUGUGUGGGCAUCCAUAAGAUAAAUAGUUUUGUCCAUUGGAAGUGUAAAAUAGACACCGUUAUCCUUGACCUUUAAGGUUCCUUGCAAUACAUUAGCUGGAUUAGCAGAAUACAAUACAUGCUAGAAUAGUGAUUUUACUCAUUAUUCCUAUGAUAAUCAUGAUCAUGAUUUCAGCAGGAGGGAGAAGACUAUUGUUUUGUCACUUCAGCUUUCUCUUGUGGCUCUUUUAACUCGGAUCAUUCGGUGCCUUGAGUUCAAGCAGCAAAUCUGACGCGUCAAAAGACUAUCAAAAUUAUUAUAGGUUAUAAUUACAUGAUUGUUUUUUUUAAAUGGCUGUUAUGUUUUAGUCCUGUUAACAAUUUCACUGAGAAUCCAGGUUUGUUAUUCCUAAACAUUUCUUCUAGUGCAUGUUUGUUCUGAGAUUUUUAUUUUUCAUAAGGUGUUCCAAGAAGAGAAAGGAAGUACAUGCAUCUGCGUGCAUGAAGCUGUUUAAAUGCAACAGUUGCAGAAGGUCACUGUUUUGUAUAAAAUGUCAUGUAUUUUUAUGAUUUUGUACGUUUGGUUUUCUAAUUUAUUCUCACGGUUUCUUUAAUGUUACCGAUGAAACCAUUUAGUUGGGGGCUAGAGGGUUUAUGGUCAUCUUCGGUGAUUUUUUUUAUUUUACUGUUGACUUAUAUGAUUAACAGUAUUAUAUAUUCAGUUUUCCUAAAAAUGCUCAUUUUUUGUUUAUAUAAAUGCUGUUUCCCUAAGACCAGAGUUUGGCCCGCUAAUGAAAAUGUGUUCCCAUCAGGUCACUUUUAUAAACCUUUAUUUGCAUGUCCUCUGGUUUGGUUUGCUGGAUCCACACCAUUCCAUUAAUUUUCUUAUUUGUACGCUGUGUUGAAUUGUUUCUGCUGUACAGUAGAGUGUGUUUUCACAUAGUAUUCAAUGUGUAAAAGUCUACUAGGCAGUGCUCUUUCAUUAUUCUGUGCAAAAAA